AUGAUUAACUUCCAAGCUUAUGCUAUGGAGGAAGGGUUUCCUUUAAAUUUUUUGCAGUCAGCUGUACGAUUUUCUGUGCUGUCUCUGCUGCUGUUUCUCGUGGACAUUGCGCUGGACCUGUGGGCUAUAGUGUCCUUUUAUGAAGAGCAGAAAUACUUCUCCAUGGGAUUGUUGGUAUGCAUUUUGCUCAGUUCCUCAGUUCUCCUGCAGAUCUAUAGCUGGAUCUGGUACACUGAUUCUUCCAAAAACAUAAAGACUAAUGUUGAGGAAUUCAUCAGCAGACCCUGGUUAAUGAAUAUAGUGCACAUCUUCCAGCUUGGAGUCUUCACCAGGUUUGCAGCCGUAAUAGAGAUAUCAAGUAACAGGUGUAAAUUGGGUGAACCUUUAAAAAAACGACUUUCCGUGUACCUGAAUCAAGACCUCAGCAUGCUGCGUCUGUUCGAGGCAUUCUCCGAAAGCGCUCCACAGCUCGUCCUGAUGGUGACGCUCAUCAUGGAGAUGCCAGAACUGCAUUUCUUCACAGUCAUUAAAAUCUUCGCCUCUCUUUCCUCGAUCUCCAUCACCAUGUUGUCCUACCAUUGCUUCAUGCUUUCAUUCCUUUUCGAGAAGUUUAAGAUGGGAUGGAUUUCCUCAAUCAUCUAUUUCCUGUGGAACCUGCUUCUGAUUGGUUCUCGUAUAGUAUGUGUGUCCCUCUUUGCUUCCGUCCUGCCCUGCUACAUUGCUGCUCACUUCCUGUCCCUGUGGAUGCUGCUUUUCUCUGGGCCUGGUGGCAGAACACAGACUUCAUGGACUCUAAAUCUGGAGAAUGGCUGUACCGAGCCACUGUAGGCAUCAUCUGGUACUUCAGCUGGUUUAAUGUAACAAGUGGAAAUACAGGACGCAUAGGAAUUAUCUACCAUUUAGUUAUGGUGAUGGACAUGAUGCUGUUGGUGGGAUUAUGGUGGUGGAGGAUAACUGUGGAAU